AUGGAAAUCCCAGCGAAAGCAGGUAAAAAGGAUCCCCUAGAUGGGCUGUGGAAAGAAGAGAAAAUGUCUACCAGUGAAGCACUUCUAGACUAUCACUUGCAAAUAAAGGAGAAUAUAAUAGAACGAUUGAUGGCUCAGAUGAAGAAUCUUAGAGAAAAGAACCAGAAGUCUCAGGAGAGAAACGGACGCUUAAAGGAUGAACAGAUUUGGCACAUACGGAACCUACUAAAGGAACUGAGUGAAGAGAAGUCAGAAGGAUUAAAAAUAACAAGAGAGGAUGUUGAAACAGCAAUGAAAGAAAAGUGGAAGUUUGAAAGAGACCAGGAACAAAACUUAAAAGAUAUGCGCUCACAAAUAAGUAAGGCUGAGAAACUAUUUCUUGAGAAACUCAGUGAGAAGGAAUAUUGGGAAGAGUACAAGAAUGUAGGGAGUGCACAACAUGCUAAACUCAUUAUCUCCUUACAAAACGACAUCAAUAAAGUGAAAGAGAAUGCGGAGAAAAUGUCAGAACAGUAUAAAAUCACUCUAGAAGAUGCUAGAAAAAGAAUAAUCAGAGACACUUUGUUGCAACUGGACCAAAAGAAGGAGUGGGCCACAGAGAAUACGGUGAGGUUCAUCGACAAGGGCAGCUACCGGGAGAUCUGGGAAAACGACUGGCUAAAAAAAGAGAUUGCAGUCCAUAGGAAGGAAGUUGAUGUAUUGGAAAAAGCUAUUCAGGAACUGGAAGAAGAAAAUUUGGAGCUCAUUGAGCAACUAUUCGAUUGUAGACUUGUGGAUCUCAAAAUACCCAGGCAACUAUAUCUUACCCAAGCUGCUGGACAGGAAGUGACACCUGCAAAAAAGCCUUUGGAGUUGUCAGAAGCAUAUACAGAAAAGUCAAAACUGGAACCCAUAGAAGAAACAAGAAAUGAUACAAUGAGCUCAUCAGUUGAGAAUGGAGCUUUACCCAUUAUUCAUGAAGACAUCAUCAGAUCUGACCAGCAGGUGAACACAGAUAGUGAGAGCUUAUCCAUAGAGUUUGGGACCUCUGACUUAAAAUACUUACUCUAUGAGGAUGAGAAGGAUUUCAAGGAUUAUGUAAACUUGGGCCCCCUGGAAGUGAAGCUCAUGCGUGUGGAGAGCCAGAAAAUGCAAAUUCAUUUUCCAGAGAAGCAUAUUACAGAAAAAUUCUUUGAAGAGGUCAAGAGCCCAGAAGUCCAUGUCACAUAUAAAAUGAUGAAGUCUUUUCUCUAA